AUGCGCUUGCGGCUGAGCUCCAUGUCGAAAGAUGGCCCGACAGAGGUUUUUUCCAUCCUUUUCGCUCCUCUUCGCGUCUCGUGGAAGCGUCGGGUCGAGAUGCUCGCCGUCAUGCAUUUCAUUUUCUUGUGGAUAGUUCUACCUAUGAUGUCUCUUUGGGUAUCAAAUUUUGAUUGAAUCUUCCAAUUCCGGUUCUAGAUUCCAUUCUAUAUUUUGUUUUGGACUCCCUGGUGGUGGGCGAUGAUUUCAUAUUUCGCAUGGAUUUGGUACGACUGGCAUACGCCACGUCGAGGAUCUAGGCCUUGGGUUAGUUUUCUUAACGGAAUAGUGAGGGUUAGGUUUUAUAAAAAGUUAUAUAUUAAUGAAGUUUUACAGGCUUGGUACAAAGAAUGUGCCAUUUGGAAACACUUUGCGGAAUAUUUUCCAUUGAAGUUGGUCAAGACUGCCGAACUUCCACCCGAUCGUAACUACAUAAUCGGGUAAAGUUUUUUGGAACUCUAGGAAGCCUCGGAAGCGCUGCGAAAGUUGAUUUGAAUUUUCAGCUCGCAUCCUCACGGGGUGCUGUCUGUAGGCGCGUUCGCAUCGUUUUUGACAACCGCCACUGGAUUCAAAGUUUUUUUUUAUACGAUGAAGUUUAUGUUUUUUUUUCUUUAAGGAAAAGUUUCCUGGGAUCAAUUCUACGAUAAUGACGCUGAAUGGACAGUUCUACUUUCCUUUUCGUCGGGAAUUCGGUCUUCUUCUAGGUUGGAUGCUGAAGUCUUGAAAACAUUCUUAUUUGAAGGUGGCGUUGAAUCCUCAGCUGCAUCGUUAGAAUAUCUUUUGAAAGUCCCCGGUCAAGGUAUUAGACCCUUUGAUUUCGCUUCUGAAAUUGAUACCUAGGUCGAGCUGUGGCUAUCGUUCUUGGAGGGGCCACGGAAGCGUUGGAUGCCCAUCCAGGAAAACACAUUUUGAAUCUCUCCACAAGGCGUGGUUACUGCAGACAUGCUCUCAAACAUGGGUUAGAAAUUUUAUUUUAUUUCACGAAUAUAGUGAUGGGCACGUCGAGUUUUCAUUUUCGAAACAAAAAGUUGAAGUUUCUUUUGAGUACUGAAAGGAUUUCUUGUUAGAAAAGAAAUGUUGAGAAAACUAGUUUUACUAUGCACUAUGAAGCUAUUCGAAAAUAGAUCAAAAACUAUUCAGUCAACGAAGAUUAAGCUGAUUCACGGCUGGCUUUAACCAUCCGAAAAAGAGCCCUGACUCGAUGAUAGGAAGACAGGCCACGUCCCAAGCUAGCCGUGAGUCGACUAUAUGAAAGUCGCCACUUCUCUAUUUUUUUUAAAAGUAUUUUCGGAUGGAAACAAAUCUGAGAAUUUCACCACGCACAUUAACAGUUCGCAAAGUUGAAAAAUGGUUACACUGCUCGAUAAAUCAAAAUCACCCAUAUAGAGCAAUUCAACAAUAUUCAAGGGCUGAUCUGGUACCAAUGUACAAUUUCGGAGAGAACGACAUCUUUGAGCAAAGUUCCAAUCCGCGGGGAUCUAUUUUACGUUUAGUUCAGGUGAUAAAAAGUCAUUGAAAUUUCAUCAAGUAUAUAGUCUGUGUACCACGACUUGGAAUCUCACCGAACGACAUUCCGCUGUGCGUCUUUGCAAACCUUGGUCGCGCUUUAAAUUUUAAAUUUUUAUUUUAUUAAGGUACUCUACUUUCAUGUGCUCCCACAGCAAUAACAAUCAAUUGAAAGCGUGACCUAGAUUCUGAAGACGCUUCGCGAACACAAAUUAAAGUCGUUCCGUGAAAAUUCAAGUCGUGGCACACAGACUGUAUGUUAAUUUCUAUUUUCGCAGAAAUUUCCGCAGCCAAAGCUGAUUUCGGAAAGUUUUUUCGAAUACUACAGUCAGUUCAUCUCGACUAGAGAGACGAGGGAGGCAGCGAAGUGGGCGGGAAGCCUAGCGUGCGCCACUGACUAUUUGGAGAGCUCGUUUAUCGCUCUUUUAAAUCUAUUCUAUUAAUCUUGGUCCACAAAUAAAACAAAUAAAUAGUUUUAAAAUAAAUGAAAAAAAAGCCUUCCUCGCCUCUCGAAUUCGGGAUGGAUUGAAUAUAAUUAGUUUUUCUUAAUUAUACGAAAAUUUUUUCAAAGAUACGCUAAGCAUCUAUUUUUUUCUAAAUUUUCUGUUUCUGAAUCGUUAUUCAGGAGAAAAUCAAAAGAAAUUUUGGUUUCUGCCCUCCUCUACUGCGUGGAAGAGGGGUUUUCAACUAUAUUUUCGGAAUCAUUCCUCACCGUAAACCUAUAACUUCGGUCAUGGGUGCUCCGAUUCGGUGAGUUUGGCUUCAGAUUUUCAUGUUCACAUGCUCGUUCAAGAGUCGGAAAAGUUGAGCGACCCACAGAGAAACAAGUCGAUGAGCUGCACCAUCGCUACUGCCAAGCCUUAGUUAAACUUUUUGAGGACCACAAGUACCUGCACAAUAUUCCAUCAAAAGUUCAUCUCACUAUUAAUUAG